AGACAAACGCCGCAGUCAUUCAUUUAUGAGGAAUAUUAUGAUUUUAAAAUUACAUCUUUUUUCUUUUUUGUGUAUUGUAAUACUUGUCGAUCUAUGAUAAUAACAAUUACGAACAUACUCUGAAAACAAGAAUAUGUAUAAUUGUAAGAUGUCAAGUCAUGAUGUAAAGAUACACUUGUGAGUAAUAGAGGAAAAACUAAUAAAAAACAAAAAAUCCACCCCCAACCACGGCCAUGGGGGUGGGGAUGUGCAGAGAGGUCCUACUUGCCUCUGCCCCAUCCUCCCCUUCCAGAACAGCUGUGCUACUUUAAAACGACAUUUGUUUUCGGCAUUGCUCUUGGGAGUCAGCUGAUGGCGCCCCUCCCUUCCCAGCAGCUGGCAGAGGCACAUGUGCAGACAGGCUUGUAAAGGAGGUCUGUCAGGCGGAGGCGACGCUGGAAAAAGUUGCUGCUCUCCCCUUUUCGUAAGGGCUUCGCAAGGGAGAGGCUCGGUUGCGAUGGACAACGCUAAUCUCCCGGGCAGAGAAGUCUUUCCUGGUUCCUCAUCCUUUCUGGAGAUGCCAGCAAUUGAACCUGGAACCACCUGCAUGCAGAACAUAAAGCAUUACAACGGAUGCUCCUGAUGAAUAGAAGAAGCUGCCACAUACCAGGUUCCCCACUGUCCUCAAACCGCCAUGCUGGCUCUCAGAUAUUUCCAGCAGAGCUGGAGGUGAGCGCAGCAUGAGUUAGCUGCUGCCGACGCCUCCGGCCAGGAUGACCAAAGCACGCCUCUUCCGCCUCUCGGUGGUGCUGGGCUCCAUCUUCAUGAUCCUGCUGAUCAUCGUCUACUGGGACAACGUGGGGACAGCUCACUUCUACUUGCACACGACCUUCUCCAGGCCUCAUGGGGUCCUCCCCACCGUGGCCAAGGACGGAGGCCAAGACUCAAUGUCGGACGUUGAUGAGUUCUUGGAGAAGCUCCUGAGCUCUGACCUGAAACGCGAUGUGGGUCUCGGUCAGAAGACAGAGCCGCCUGCCCCGCACGCCUCCGCGAGGCCCGUCGCCGGGAACUUGGAAGAGAACGUGAGGGGCUACGACUGGUCCACUCGUGACGCCGGCGCUGUCUUGGACCAGGAGCAGCUGCAGGCGGAGCGGCGCCGGACGCUGAGGGAGCUGUGCGCCAACUCCAGCUUCGCCUUCCCCACCAAGGAGCGCUCCUUUGACGACAUCCCCAACUACGAGCUAAACCACCUCAUCGUGGACGACCGCCACGGCGUCAUCUACUGCUACGUCCCCAAAGUGGCCUGCACCAACUGGAAGCGGGUGAUGAUCGUGCUGAGCGAGAGCCUGAUGGACCAGGGCGUGCCGUACGCAGACCCCUUGGACAUCCCCCGCGAGCACGUCCACAACACCAGCACCCACUUCACCUUCAACAAGUUCUGGCGCCGCUACGGCAAGUUCUCCCGCCACCUCAUGAAGAUCAAGCUGAAGAAGUACACCAAGUUCCUCUUCGUCCGAGACCCUUUCGUGAGGCUCAUCUCCGCCUUCCGCAGCAAGUUCGAGCUGGAGAACGAGGAGUUCUACCGCCGGUUCGCCAUCCCGAUGCUGAAGCUUUACUCCAACCACACCAGCCUGCCCACCUCGGUGAGCGACGCCUUCGAGGCGGGCCUCAGGGUCUCCUUCUCGGACUUCAUCCAGUACCUCCUGGACCCCCGGACCGAGAAGCUGGCCCCGUUCAAUGAGCAUUGGAGGCAGGUGUACCGCCUCUGCCACCCGUGCCAGAUCGAGUACGACUUUGUGGGCAAGCUGGAGACUUUGGAUGAGGAUGCAGCCCACCUGCUGCAACUCCUGAAGGUGGAACACCUUCUCCGCUUCCCUCCCAGCUACCGGAACAGGACAGCCAGCAGCUGGGAGGACGACUGGUUUGCCAAAAUCCCCGUGGCCUGGAGGCGGCAGCUGUACAAGCUGUAUGAAGCGGACUUCGUCCUUUUCGGUUACCCCAAGCCAGAAAGCUUGCUUCAGAACUGAGCGAGGCAGAACGGAGGGAAAGAGAGCGUUUGAAAUACCAAAAUAUCUCCUCUUCUUUUUCCAGAGCCCUUCCGUUGACAUAACACAAGUGCAACUUUUUUCUAUAGUCUUUUUUUAAAAACAAAACAAAACCACCCCAUUGCUCGGACGCAUGGAAUCUCCCAUUGCAGGAAGACAUUCCCCUUCCUCUCGUUCCGAUUCAUUUUAUGAAAUGUACCUUUUUUUUGUUUUUCUGUUAGGAUAUAAGUUUGUCCACUCCACCAGCUGUAUUCUUUCGGGUGCUUUUUAUUAAUGCAUUUUUUUAAUUAAAAGAGAGCACGAGAAAGAGAGAAUAUUAAUAUAUUAAAAUAUUUAAUACAAAUCAUUGUUGUGGAAUGGGAAUAAAGGGGCGCACCAUCUUUCGUU